GUAUCUUGUCAUAUUCGUACUCUUCCCAGAACCGUACAGCCCCUUCUCCUUGGUCGUGGUGCCAUAGUCGUUACAAACACCUAAACCGGACACCCAGAUAAGAGUUUCCCAACUUAGUGGCGUGACAUUUAUCGUCAUUCUAUUACUCUCCAUCUCAAUCCAGUAACCGAAUCCUAUUACGUUGAAUCUAAAACAAUAUCAGGAAAGGGAAACAUCUACAGUGAUAUCAAAUCACACUCCCUUCCCGUUUAUGCCGGUCAUCCAUGAUCCAAAACCUUCCAACAAUCUCCGACCGAAUUUGACAAAGGAUCUACCAGGUCACUGUACAGUGUGACACUGUCUCGCUUCCUUACCCCGAAGUUUCUAUCUGCCUAUAAGUAGCUGACCCUUGAUCCAAGACUUCUUCAUCGCAAACUCUACUUCCCAUCCCACCCCACCCCUACCAUUGUCAACCCUUCGAACCUUCGAACAACUUCAAUAUGAUUCUCCCACCGCAGAACAUUCCCCUCAGACCACCGACCGGGGUAAGCAAACAAGCCUUGCUAAUUCGUCUUCCGCAGGAAACACUCGAUGCUUUGAUUGAAGCUCAGGAAGAUGAUUCCGCUAGGGUAUGGAUGGAUGAUGGUGUCAUGAAACUCGACCUCCCAGACGAAUGUAUAACACUCGAUUCCCACAUGGUCGAUCUGAACGAAAUCCAUCUCUUCACAAAAUCCCCACCCGCUCUCACUCACAUCGCAACUGCCUCGGCUCGUGCUUGUCUACCUCUCUCCUCACAAUGCGCAGUCAAAGCAGGCGAAAAGCUCAAACAACACGUCAGUGCUCUGGACGAACAACGCAAAGCCCGAGCGGAAAUGGUGGAUGGAUCAAGCAACUCGUCUAAACCUCGUCAAAUCCUCACCCCUCAAGUUCCCUCCCCCGCCGGUGUAUCCGCCGCGAUGAACAGGGUUCAAAGUAGUCCAGCUACCAUUGGAGCUGCAACUGGAACGACUCCUAUCAUACCUCUGAAGACUAGGGUGAUGCAGACAUUGGCAUUGGGACCUAUCUCAGCUUCAGAAUUGAUUUUGCGUGUAGCAGGAAAUGAGGUGGAUGUGAUGAGGGUAGCCAAUGUUAUCGGAAGGUCAUCUGGUAAUCCACCCAAAUAUACUUUACUCCCUCAACAAUAUACAAAGAUCAAAAUUACCGCUUGGCGAUACACACCUGCUGAAAAACGUCAAGUUAUCCAUCUUGCCAGACUGGCCUUCGACGAACUUGGAUUUUCCCCAGGAUCGCAAGAACAUCUAGAUUUGGACAAGGUGGAAGCUGAAGCUGAAGCUUCUCCAAUUCUUCCAACCCCGGAGAUACACAAGAGUCCCGUUAUCCUUCCCACGAUCUCACGAGAGUCACAUGGACACAGUUUGAGUAUGAGUACGAGCGGGAGAAGUAAUUCACCAUCCGAUUCUUCCAUUUCUAUCAAAACUCAACCACCACCUCCUAAACCUUCGAAAUCCGUCAAGACUAUCAAAACUGCUAAAACGACCUCACCUGUUUCACAACAAAGUUUAGAUGAUAAUACUCCUAAACCUACCAAAGCGCCUGUACCCAUCAAGCCAAAAGCUUCAAAGACACCAAAGACACUCAUCGGAAAAGCCCGAGCGAAGCAUUUGGCAGAAGCGAAUAAACGAGCCUCUUCCCUUCCUAACAAUAAGAAACUCGAUGACGCUUCUGUUCCCAUCCCUUCGCCAACAUCCAAACCACUGAUAACGAAACCGAGACCUCCUGUGAAACGUAAAUCCCCAGAAGAGACUGAGAAGGAAAAAGAAAAGGAGAAAGAAGAAACUCCGAAUCGUCAAGUGAAGAAACGUCGUCCUUCUCCUCAAUUCUCAGAUUCAUCAGAAGAAGAAAGAGGUAGACCAAAAGAAACCAAGAUUACUUCUGUCAUUCCUCCACCCAGAAGAGAAAGUAUCAGUUCUUCCGACAAACAUAGUACUCCACCGGAUGAUCUCAGACGUUUACCUAAGAUAACGAAACGUACACCAAUGGAAUCAGUGAAGAUUCAGAAAGAUUUGAAGAAUGAAGAAGCUAAGAAGAGAAGAAAAUAUGAGAGGUUAUAUGGAGAAUAUGGAGACUUGACCAGACGUUUAGUAAAUUUACAUAGGAGAUUAGAGGAGAUGGAAGAUGGUGAAGAUGUGGGUGGAUUGGAGAGAGAGAUUAAGAAGACAGCAGGAGAGUUUAAAGCAUUGCAUGAUGUUUUACAAGAUUUGAGGAGGCAUUUUGUGGAUGAGUAA